AUGUCUAAAACGGCGGAAGACUUAGCCAAAGAGAAAGCCGAGAAAGAGUUCGUUAAAUCUAAAGGCGGUCAUUUCGUUAUCCCAGCUCAUGUACGCGAAACAGAAAAGCUUGAAAAGAUUCCUGGCAAAGGAUUAGGAAAAGCAUGGUCAAAGAUGGUCUCUUCUGCUGUUUUUGAAUUGCUAGAAUCGUUGGGCGAAUUAAGUAAGUCAUAUAUAGAUGAUCGGACAAAGGCGGUAUUACAAAAAGCAUCAGCUCAAAGAGACAAAGCUGACGGUGUACUUUCAUCACUUACUGAUGAUGGUAUUAAUGUAGCAAAGAAUACAAAAGAAGCACGUCAAAUCGCUUUGCAGGCAACUGCUAUCGUAUGGGAGGUAUGUGAUUCAACAUUGAACGGCUCACGCAAGCUUCUCAAUAACAAUCGCGAAGCUGUUCAAGUCUCAUGGAAAGCACGAUACUUGAUGUUCUCGGUGCUGAGUCAGGCAGCACCUUCGUAA